AUGUCUCCUAAAGCAUCGUGCGCCCCCAAUCACCUGCCCACAUCCAGAGACGCAGUGACGCACAGCAGGUUUUCUCCAACUGUUCCCAGCCCCGUGAAUGAAGCUGGUAACACUUCAGGAGGCUGCAGUGAAAACCUGUCUCGAAAACCACUGACUGUUACCGGAGGUGAAUCCACUUCAAUGAAAUAUCUCAAACCCAGAAGCAGGUGUGAGCAGUCUACACAGCGGGGCCGGCGCAGAAUGAAGGCGAACGACAGAGAGCGCUCCCGGAUGCACAACCUGAACACCGCUCUGGACGCGCUGAGGAGCAUCCUGCCGGCGCUGCCAGAGGACGCGAAGCUGACCAAGAUCGAAACUCUGCGCUUCGCCCACAACUACAUCUGGGCUCUGACGGAGACUCUGCGCAUGGCCGACCAGCACGGACACACGCCGGAAUACCUGCCGGCUGGAUCUGACCUGAGCAGCCCAACAAGUGUUUCAUCUGCGGAGUGGGACUCAGCCUCACCUGCGGAGUAUGGUUAUAUGACCUCAGCUGACUUUGACCCCAGAAACUGUUACACCUCUGCUCCUCAAAUGAAGUGUGUGACUGAACUUAAUCAGAAAAUUUGA